AUGUUUACUAUUGCUAAUAUAUUUUUUCUUAUCGUCAUAUCCUUAUGUUAUGGUGUACCAACAAUUGAUCGACAAUGUCCACCAGAUACAAACGAUUUUAAGACUAAAGUAGAAAAAUCAUCAAUUGUUGUCUAUGGAAAAGUAAUGGCUAAAAUGUUAGAUGAAGAAAGUGAUUCAACAUUUCAUGUCUUCUUUCAAGUUGAUUGCAUUUUAAAAGGAUCAACAACAUUACGACAAAUUAAUAUAACAAAGGCUGGUCAUGUAGAAGGUAAACAAUAUUGUCAAGAAUUUCCUGUUGGUCGUGGUUAUUCAAUAGCUUUUCUUGAACCAAUAUUAUCAAAUACAACUAAUUAUUAUACAUUUACACCAGCUGAUUUUGUUGAAAUUCUUGUUGAAGAAAAUUCAACAAAUCUAUUAUUAGCACGUACAUGUAAUCUUCAUCAAAUAGUACCUCGUCAAUCAUCAGCAUUAGCUAUUGAAGUAUGUCCAGCUGUAAGCACUGAUCCAAUAUGUCAUGAAACUUUUGAUGUAACAACAACAAUAAUGACAACUGAUAGUCUUAUGGAUAUAACAAGUAAUAUUUUAUUCGAUGUAACAACAAAUACUGUUUUAUCUGAUACAACAACAACAACAACAAACAAUCUUCUAGUUGAUACAACAACAAAUAAUGUGUUAUCCGAUAUAACAACAAAUAUAUCAAACGAAAUUUUAUCGAUUUCAAAUGAUAAUGAAUUUUUACCACAGGCAAUUAAUCCGACACAACAAGAAAUAAAUGCUAUUGAAACUAAAUCUCAUAUAAAUCAAGUUGAUGUUGAUCUACACAAUAGUGCUAAAUCAAUAACAUAUAGUAUAUUUAUGAUGAUGAUAGCUAUUGUCUUUUGUUCUAAUUAA